AGUCCUGCAGCCUACGUGCGGGGACCCUACCCGGAUCUGGAGAAAGGAUCGUGGGACGCAGCGGGACCCAGAGGCCGUUUCCUUCUCGCUAAGAAUAUCAGAGAAGGUUACUGGGAGAAGAAAUGGCAAACAGUAUCUCACGAGGAUUCUUCAUAGAAGAACUUAAUAAGUACCGUCAGAAGUAUCAAGUAGUUCUUAAGUACCAAGAACUGGCUACAACAGGACCUCCCCAUGAUUUAAGGUUUACGUUUCAAGUUAUAAUAGAUGAGAGAAAAUUUCCAGAAGCUGGAGGCAGAUCAAAGCAGGAAGCAAAAAAUGCUGCAGCCCAAAUAGCUGUUGAUAUACUUAAUAAAGAAAACAAGGCAGUUAGUCCUUUAUCCUUGGCGACAACAGAUACUUCAGAAGGAUCAUCCACUGGGAAUUAUAUAGGACUUGUCAAUAGGAUUUCCCAGAAGGAAAAACUAAAUGUAAAUUAUGAAGAAUGUGAAUUGAGGGAGCAGGAUCCCAAAAAAUUUAAGUAUCAAUGCAAAAUUGGGAAGAAAGUAUAUGGUAUCGGUAUAGGUUCAACUAAGCAGGAAGCAAAACAAUUGGCUGCUAAAUGUGCACUUCAGAAACUAUCAGAAGAAACCCCAAUGAAAACUGACCUAGUACCCUCUGCCGCUUUUGUCAGUCCUGGUAAUGUCAAUAACUGCGGAAGCACAGGAAGCACAAUGAGCUCAUCUUUGUCUGAGCCGCUCUCUGAAAAGGACUCCUCAUCAGAUGACUGGACAAACGUUCAGAGCAGUGAGAAUUUAGACAGUUCUGGAUCUUCUUCUAUGAAUGGUCUCAGUAGUAAUAAAAAGAAGAAAAAAAUAAGUUUGGCAGCUAAAUUUGACUCUUAUAACGUAGAGGAAAACCAGUAUACUGUGGACCACAGGUUUGCCAAGGAUUUUAAAGAUAUAGAACGAAUUGGCAAAGGUGGAUAUGGCCAAGUUUUCAAAGCAAAACACAGAAUAGAUGGAAAUAUUUAUGUUGUUAAACGUGUCAAGUAUAAUAACAAGAAGGUAGAGCGUGAAGUACAAGCACUGGCCACAUUUAAACAUCCCAACAUUGUUCAUUACUGCAGUUGUUGGGAAGGAGUCGAUUUUUAUGAGGAUCCUGAAAGCAGCGCAAUAAUAAAGACCAAGUGCCUUUUUAUCCAAAUGGAAUUGUGUGAUAAAGGGACAUUGGAUGAAUGGAUUGAAAAUAGAAGACAAAACGUACCAGACAAAGCUUUGGCUUUGGAAUUAUUUGAACAGAUAGCAGAAGGAGUGCAUUAUAUACACUCAAAAGAUUUAAUUCAUAGAGACCUCAAACCAAGUAAUAUAUUUUUAGUAGGUGAAAAACAAAUAAAGAUUGGAGACUUUGGACUUGUAACAACCCUGAAGAAUGAUGAACUGCGAACAAGAAAAAAGGGAACGUGGCGAUAUAUGAGCCCAGAACAGAUUUCUUCAGAAGAAUACGGAAAGGAAGUAGACAUCUUUGCUUUGGGGCUAAUUCUUGCUGAACUUCUUUACAUAUGUCCCACAAUUUCGGAAACAGUCAAGAUUUUUGAAGAUCUAAGAAAUGGCAUCUUCUCUGAUGUAUUUGACAGCAAAGAAAAAAGUCUUCUACAGAAAUUACUCUCAAAGGAACCUCAGAAACGAUCUGACACGUCUGAAAUACUGAAGACCUUGGCCAAGUGGAAGGAUGUCUCAGAGAAAAAAAGAAACACAUAUUAGGGCCCUCUGAAAAAAUAUUCAGCUUCUGGUGUGUGUUUUUCUUUUAAUUAUCUAAAAUCUACUAGGGGAUAUUGAUGGAUAUUUACUGUUUAUUUUAAUUUUUCUUUCCUUAAUUUUUUUUACUGCUUUUGAAUGCAGGUUUUCUUUUUCUUU